GUCGCUGACACAAGGCAAAAUCCAAUCGCCGAUUAGAUAAAAAUAAAAUAAAUUCCCUCUUAAUUUCAUCGGUUAAUAUUUUCAAUUGAAAACGAAACCGUUCUAUACUCUUCUGCUCAUCCCUUCGUCGACAUUCGAGAAGCAGCUGUCAAUCAAUUGUUCCACGUCGUUUUCAUAUUCCAUACUCGGGAGACUUCUACCAUCUGGUUCUGGAUAGACAAGCAACAUGGAUAGUAGCCUCGUUGAGGUGUGAUUGCAGCUUCUUGGUCCGUUUAAUGUCGUGUUACUCAAUAAACAUUAUUGUUAUGUGUACUCUAUGUUGAGGGGAUUGUUUGCCUAUACUGGAUUGCCCAUGGAAUCAAUGUUUGCAGUGGAGACAAUUGGUGAAGAUAAAGUUGUGGAUAGCCCGAGUUUGCAUCAGGAAACUGUUGAACCCAUUCUCUACAAGCUUGUUCGGGUUCAUGGGGAUGGUCGGCUAGUGCCUGCAACAGAUGAUGAAUUGAUGACAGUUGAAGAGUUACUUGAAGACGAGAAGUAUGAAUUUGGUCAUAUCAUAGAUGCUAAACAAACUAUAGAGUGCAAUGGAACCGAAGUAUUCUGUUUUGGAAAAACACAGUUUGAAAAACCGCAAGGACAAUCAGAGCCAGAAAAACAUGCUGCUGACGUGGUAACCUCCAAUAUACCACACCCAUUGCUUCCUGAUUUAGACAGCAUGAAUACUCAAGGAAAUGCAACUGCCCCUCCCUUAAACUCAGAAUAUAUCACUAAUGAAGAAUUUGGCAGUACCGAUGGAUGUUCAAACUUAGAUGCCGGUGAGAAUAAUAUUUCAACAUCCACUACUGGAGCUAGCUUGAUGCCAGAUUUUUCAAAGUUAAAUGGGGAAAUAUUUUUGGAGAAAUUGACAGUAAAAGAUCUUCAAGAAACUUUUAAAGCAACCUUCGGACGAGAAACUUUAGUUAAGGACAAACCUUGGCUUAUGAGGAGGAUUUCCAUGGGAUUAUCAAAUUCAUGUGACUUUUCAUGCACUCAUUUUGUGAUUGAAGGCAAUGGGGUUGUGAAGAAAGUUGAAGAAGAAAACAAUGGAAAUGUCAAUGGUUCAAUUUCAGAGGAUCCUAUAUUUGCAUUGGAAAAUACUAAAUUUAGAGGUGCUUCUAGCCAUGAGAUUCCAGCCAGUACUACUACUGAAAGGGAUAUACCAAACGCAUUAGAAGGCUUUAAUGUUAGCGAGGAUCUCAACAGGGAAGAAAGAGCAACCAAAAGAGUUCGGAAACCUACAAAAAGAUAUAUCGAAGAAAUUUCAGAAGUGGAUUCCAGGGAAACUAGUGGGAAGUCUAUGCAUUCAGAAAAAAGUUGUGAUUACGAAUCAGCACAUCCACGUAAUCAUGUGAUAUCUAUUGUAAACAUCCCUCUUGAUGGGGAUCCUAUUGUUAUGAGGAAAGAUUCACUUGGAGGUUCUGAGAUGCAAAUUCCAUAUGUUUCUCGAAUUCGGAGAGGACGUCCUAGGGAAAACUUUAUGACUUUGAAACUGCAGCCCAAUGGGACAAGUGAAGAAGAACAGGUGAAGAAGGAGCCUAGUCCUGGAGAUCUGCAAUUUGAUGAAACAGAUAAGGAUAUCAGUACAUCUGACGAGAAAGCUAAGCACUUCCCUGUAAGGAAAACCGUGGAAGAUGUGUGUACUCAAACUAAGCAUGAACACAUAGAUUCAUAUGGGGAUGGCCAUUCAGAUUAUAAUAUGAUGUUGAACAUGGCCACACCCGCGGUUGGAAUGAGGAGAAAGCACCACCGACCUUGGACUAUCAAUGAGGUCACUGAACUGGUUGAAGGUGUGUCUAAGUUUGGAGUCGGUAGAUGGUCUGAAAUUAAACGGCUCUCUUUUGCAAAUUGUCCAUAUCGGACUCCUGUGGACCUCAAGGACAAGUGGAGAAACUUGCUGAAAGCUAGUUUUGUACAGUUGCCUGCAGAAAAUCGGCUACAUAAUAAUUCAAAGAAAAAUGCGUCUAUGCUGAUCCCGGCUCCAAUUCUCUUACGUGUGCAAGAGCUUGCAGACAUGAAUGGCAAUAUUUCACCAAGUCUCAACCAAAGUACGUACGGAGGUAGAAAUCCAGAUGAAGAAAAUGUGGGUUGCUUGUAAUCUCAGGAACAUUUUCCAGUUUUAUUUUAACUAGUAACUAGCUUCAUCUAUAUAUUUCAGCUUUUCUGAACAUGUUGGUGGAGUAGUGGUAGAUUACUUUUUCUAGCUGGAAAAAUCCAAGUGCUUUCUUCAUUUCAAGGGAAUUGGGGAUAAAAAAUUGUACUGUUAAAAAAUAAUACAGGGAUGAAAGGGGGAAAAAGCAGAUCAAAGUACAUAUUAAUGGUCAAAACCAACUAUU